ACCAUCAAGUUUAGACGCCAAUCAAUGGAGUAUCAGUACUCUUGAAUGCCAAAAAGUCCAAAAAGCUCUUGAGAGUUGAGACUCAUGGCUUCUUUCUAGUCGAAUAUCAUAAUGAUCAAGAACAAGAGCAAGAUGAAUGUUCACUCUUGCAUGAGACCUUCUCAGCCAUGAACCAACUCUUCAACCUCCCCCCAGAGACCAAGCUCAAGAACUCAUCUCUCACUCCUUACUACACCUACUUCCGCACCGCCAGAACUGUCUACGAAACCCUCGCCGUUGUCAAUUCCUCUCCCUCCUCCGGCCAAGUCCUCUCCUUCACUCAACUCAUGUGGCCUCAUGGCAAUCAAAAGUUCUAUGAAACAAUGACGAGAAUGAGUGGCAAGUUGAUAGAGUUAAGCAAGAUUAUACUAUGCAUGUUGUACAAGAGUUAUGGUGUUAUUGGGAGGACUGAGUUAGAUCAUAGUGCUGCUGAUCAUGAAGCAACCAUGGAUCCUCUUUUCAGGAUGAUGAAGUAUUCAGCUCCACUAAGCAAUAACAAUAAUGACGGUGACGACGAUGAAGAUGAGGAACCAAUUCUCAGACUCACCCCUCACACCGACCAUAAUUUUGUGACAGUUUUAUGCCAAAAUGAGGUUGAUGGACUUAUGUGCAAGUCCAGGGAUGGAGAGUGGAUGAAAGUCAACCCUUCUCCUGGUUCCUUCAUUGUUCUUGCUGGUGAUGCUCUCAGAGUGUGGAGUAAUGGGAGGAUACAUGCACCAUUGCACAAAGUGAUGAUGAAGGGAAAGAAGGAUAGAUUGAGUUUUGGGAUG